AUGCGGCCGAUCCGAGGCAUCGGCGAGGAGGAGGACGAGGGGAUGUCGUCCGCGCCGGCGCCAGGUGGGGCCUUCGACCGCUACGUCCAGUGCGGUGGCGCGGUGGCGGUGCUGGCCUCAAGCGGCAACACGGUUUGGCCUGGCCUUGGUUGGAUUGUGUUGGAGGCGACGGGGAGAUUUUAUGCCUUCUUUGGUCCAAGAGCUUUGAAUUCCUGGCUAAUGAUGAUAUUAGUGGGUAUAAUUGGCAAUGCAGCUUAG